CUUCACUGAGCCCCAGGCAUUCCCUCCCCACCAGCCAUGCCGAGUCGCGCCCACGACGGCCCUGAUAUGGCCCUGGAGCUCAAGGAUGGCUAUGUCUGCCGCGGUCAGAGCUUUGGCGCUGAGAAGAGCAUUGCUGGAGAAUUGGUCUUCCAGACUGGCAUGGUGGGCUAUCCCGAGUCCAUAACCGAUCCCUCAUACCGUGGCCAAAUUCUCGUCAUCACUUUCCCCCUGGUCGGCAAUUAUGGCGUUCCCUCGAGGGAAAAGAUGGACAGUCUUCUCACUGAGCUUCCGGCCUACUUCGAGGCCAAAGAAAUACACAUUGCUGGCCUAGUCGUGGCCGCGUAUGCCGGGGAUGAGUACUCGCACCAUCUGGCUACUUCGUCCCUGGGCGCCUGGCUCAAAGAGCAGGGAGUCCCCGCUAUUACUGGAGUGGACACGCGAGCACUCACAAAGCGUAUUCGGGAAGAAGGCAGCAUGCUUGGUCGUUUGCUCAUGAAGAAAUUUGCCUCGUCAAAGUCCCCCUUCCGAAUUGCCAAUGGCGAUUCUACCGUUCUGGCAAACGGUGUAGCUUCAGGAGCUUUAGAUUGGCGAGCUGACUAUGAGGUUGUCACCUGGGAAGAUCCAAAUAGCAAGAAUCUAGUCGCGGAAGUGUCCACAAAAGCCCCUAAAAUAUACCACCCUGCAAAGCAAACUGCCCUCAAACACCCCUCUGGUCGCCCCGUCCGAGUUGUAUGUGUCGACGUUGGGUUGAAAUACAAUCAGCUCCGAUGCCUUGUUAGGCGAGGGGUGGAAGUGGAAGUAGUGCCUUGGGAUUACGACUUUCCAAAACUCGCGGGCAACGAAUACGAUGGACUCUUCAUAUCAAAUGGACCUGGCGAUCCUGCCAUGAUGGAGGCGACAGUCAAAAACAUAUCAGCUGCCAUGGAACAAGCGGCUACCCCUAUCUUCGGAAUCUGUCUGGGGCAUCAAUUGCUUGCUCGUGCAGCCGGAGCUCAGACCCUGAAAAUGAAGUUUGGAAACCGAGGGCACAACAUUCCUUGCACAAAUCUCCUCAAUGGGCGAUGCUACAUUACCUCACAGAAUCACGGAUAUGCCGUCGACGCAAAGACAUUGCCUCAGGGUUGGGAGGAAGUUUUCGUCAAUGCUAAUGAUGGAAGUAAUGAGGGUAUUCGUCACACAAGCCGACCAUACUUCAGUGUACAAUUCCAUCCAGAGCACACCCCAGGCCCUAGGGAUACCGAAUUCCUAUUUGAUGUCUUCAUUGACACCAUCAAAAAGACCAUUGAAUCCCCCAAAGCUCUUUCACAACCCGUUCAUUUCCCAGGUGGAGAUGCCAAAGAAAACGCCCGCCUUCAUCCUAAAGUUAAGGUCAAGAAGGUGCUUGUGCUCGGAAGUGGAGGUCUGAGUAUUGGGCAAGCUGGCGAAUUCGACUAUUCAGGAAGUCAAGCAAUCAAGGCUUUGAAACAAGAGGGUAUCUAUACGAUACUCAUCAACCCCAAUAUCGCUACCAUCCAAACGUCAAAAGGCCUUGCAGACAAGGUCUACUUCCUUCCUGUCACUGCAGAUUUCGUCAGGAAAGUUAUACAACGAGACCGACCGGAUGGUAUCUUCGUGACAUUCGGAGGCCAGACAGCGUUGCAAGUGGGCAUCCAACUCAAGGACGAAUUCGAUGGACUAGGAGUCAAAGUCCUCGGCACCCCUAUUGACACUAUCAUCACGACCGAAGACCGAGAGCUCUUUGCUCGAAGCAUGGAAUCGAUAGGCGAGAAAUGUGCAAAGUCAGCCUCCGCAAGUUCAGUAGAAGAGGCCAUGCAUGUGGUCAAAGACAUCGGCUUCCCUGUAAUUGUCAGAGCAGCUUAUGCUCUGGGUGGGCUAGGCAGCGGAUUCGCCGAAGACGAUGCCCAGUUGCUCGAUCUCUGCCAGAAAGCCUUUGCUGCAAGCCCCCAGGUGCUUAUCGAGAGAAGUAUGAAGGGCUGGAAAGAGAUUGAAUACGAGGUCGUUCGUGAUUGUCGCGAUAACUGCAUUACGGUUUGCAACAUGGAGAAUUUUGACCCGCUGGGGAUCCACACUGGAGAUUCGAUCGUGGUUGCUCCUUCGCAAACACUCUCAGACGAGGAUUACAACAUGCUUCGAACCACGGCUGUAAACGUUAUCCGGCAUCUCGGUGUCGUUGGAGAAUGCAACAUCCAGUAUGCACUCAACCCAUUCUCCAGGGAGUACUGUAUCAUUGAAGUCAACGCUCGUCUGUCGCGUUCUUCAGCUCUCGCCUCAAAGGCUACUGGAUACCCUCUGGCAUUUAUCGCAGCUAAGCUCGGACUUGGUAUCCCGUUGAACGAAAUCUCGAACUCGGUGACCAAGGUCACAUCCGCCUGCUUUGAACCCUCGCUCGAUUACGUCGUUGUCAAAAUUCCCCGAUGGGAUCUCAAGAAGUUCACUCGAGUGUCAACGCUUCUAGGCUCCUCCAUGAAGAGUGUCGGCGAAGUCAUGAGUAUCGGCAGAACGUUCGAAGAGGCCAUACAGAAAGCCAUUCGUGCCAUUGAUCUCAACAACUUGGGAUUCUGCGAAACGAGUGCCUUGAUGUCCAUCGACGAAGAGCUUCAGACUCCUUCUGAUCAGCGGCUUUUUGCUAUUGCAAAUGCGAUGCACUCCGGAUACAGUGUCGAUAAGAUAUGGGAGAUGACCAAAAUCGACAAGUGGUUUUUGAGUCGACUCAAGGACCUCAGCAACUUCGAAAAACUCAUGGAGACCUACACCACUGUAUCAAUUACCAAGCCGCUCAUCAAACGGGCCAAGCAACUUGGUUAUGCUGAUCGACAGCUUGCAAAAUUCUUCGGCUCAAACGAACUUGCCGUCCGGCGGGCUAGAGUCGAUGCAGGCAUCGUGCCUGUGGUGAAGCAGAUUGAUACCGUCGCGGCGGAGUUCCCAGCUUUCACCAACUAUCUCUAUCUGACAUACAAUGGCACUGAGCAUGAUAUCUCCUUUGAAGAUCGAGGUAUCAUGGUGCUCGGAUCGGGAGUCUACCGAAUUGGCUCAUCCGUGGAGUUUGACUGGUGUUCUGUGAGAGCUAUCCGGACUCUACGUGAGCAGGGUUUCAAAACCGUGAUGAUCAAUUACAAUCCAGAGACGGUAUCCACAGAUUACGACGAAGCCGAUCGACUCUACUUCGAAAAUAUAAAUUUGGAGACGGUCCUCGACAUCUACACAAUGGAGAAUUCCAGUGGUGUCAUCCUUUCCAUGGGAGGCCAAACCCCAAACAACAUUGCUCUACCGCUACACCGACUCAACGUCAAGAUUCUGGGAACUUCUCCGGAGAUGAUCGAUACGGCAGAGAAUCGCUAUAAGUUCUCUCGUAUGCUUGACAGAAUCGCCGUCGAUCAACCUACCUGGAAGGAACUUACAAGUAUUGACGAAGCCAUUGAGUUCUGCAACAGGGUUUCCUAUCCAGUGCUCGUUCGACCCUCCUACGUUCUCUCUGGAGCUGCCAUGAAUACCGUGUAUUCCAAGGACGACCUCGCGAACUACCUCGCGCAAGCUGUCGAUGUGUCAAAGGAGCAUCCUGUGGUGAUUACCAAAUACAUCGAGAACGCCAAAGAGAUCGAGAUGGAUGCCGUUGCUCGUAACGGCAAGAUGAUUGGACAUUUCAUCUCUGAGCAUGUCGAGAACGCCGGAGUACACUCAGGCGAUGCCACGUUGAUUUUGCCGCCGCAGGAUUUGGACCAGGAGACAGUAAGACGAAUCGAGGAUGCCACCCGGAAGAUUGGAAAUGCUUUAGACAUCACCGGGCCUUUUAAUAUACAGUUCAUCGCAAAGGACAAUGAGAUCAAGGUCAUUGAAUGCAAUGUGCGCGCCUCGAGAUCUUUCCCGUUUGUCUCCAAGGUCAUGGGUGUUGAUCUCAUCGAGAUGGCGACCAAGGCUAUGGCUGGCCUACACCUUGAAGAGUAUCCGCCAGUCAACAUACCUGCCGAUUAUGUAGGAGUGAAGGUGCCUCAAUUCUCAUUCUCGAGGCUGUCCGGCGCAGAUCCCGUGCUUGGCGUUGAGAUGGCAUCCACGGGCGAAGUUGCUUGCUUUGGUCGUACGAAAUACGAGGCGUAUAUCAAAGCGCUCCUAUCGACUGGCUUCAAGCUUCCCAGGAAGAACAUUCUACUAUCCAUCGGCUCUUUUAAGGAUAAGCUAGAAAUGCUUCCAUCCAUCGAGUCACUUCACAAGCUAGGGUUCAAUCUCUUUGCGACAGCUGGUACUGCGGACUACAUCCAAGAGCACGGCAUCCCUGUCAAGUUCUUGGAAGUUCUAGGAAACCAUUACCAGGACAAUGAUCAGAAGUCAAAGUACUCCCUAACACAGCAUCUGGCUAACAACCUGAUCGACCUUUACAUCAACUUGCCAUCCAACAACCGGUACCGGAGACCUGCUAACUACAUGAGCAAGGGCUACCAGACGCGGCGUAUGGCGGUAGACUACCAGACUCCAUUGGUCACCAACGUCAAGAACGCGAAGCUUCUCAUCGAAGCCAUGGCUCGCCAUUACGAUCUCGAGAUCAGCAAGGUUGACUAUCAGGAAUUUGUACCUGCCCCAGGAGCUCACGAAGAUACAUCUAUGCCAAUGACACUCACUUCACCAAAUACGUCCCCAUCCCUGGCCCAACUUCUCGCUAAAUCGCCUUUCAAGCGGAAGCACAUUUUGUCCGUCCAGCAAUUUUCACGUAGCGACCUCCAUCUUCUUUUCACAGUUGCCCAAGAGAUGCGUCUGGGUGCCCAACGCCACGGCUGCCUCGACGUUCUCAAAGGCCGCGUGCUCUGCACCAUGUUCUUCGAGCCCUCGACCCGCACCUCCGCCUCCUUCGACACAGCCAUGAAGCGCCUCGGCGGCGAAGUCGUCGUCAUCAACGAAGUCAUGUCGUCCACCAACAAAGGCGAGUCGCUCGCCGACACGAUCCGCACCCUGGGCUGCUACAGCGACGCCAUCGUGCUGCGCCACCCGUCCGAGGACUCGGCCGACACGGCGGCGAAGUUCUCCAACGUGCCCAUCAUCAACGCGGGCAACGGCGCGCGCGAGCACCCGACGCAAGCCUUCCUCGACCUCUUCACCAUCCGCGAGGAGCUCGGCACCGUCAACGGCCUAACCAUCACCUUCGUCGGCGACCUGCGCUACGGCCGCACCGUGCACUCCCUCUGCGAGCUGCUCAAGCACUACGCCGUCAACAUCCAGCUCGUCGCGCCCGCCACGCUCGCGCUCCCCGCCGCUGUCCGCGAGCUGCUGAAAUCACGUGGCCAGCUGCUCCUCGAGAGCACGGCGCUCACGCCCGAGAUCGUCGCGCGCAGCGACGUGCUGUACUGCACGCGUGUGCAGAAGGAGCGCUUCCCGGAUCUGGCGCAUUACGAGGCGGUCAAGGAUUCGUAUGUGGUCGAUAAUAAGGUUAUGAAGGCGGCGAAGAGCAGUAUGGUGAUUAUGCAUCCGCUGCCGCGGAAUAACGAGAUCCAUGAGGAGGUUGAUUUUGAUCCAAGGGCGGCGUAUUUUAGACAGAUGAGAUAUGGGCUGUACUGCCGUAUGGCGCUGCUGGCGCUUGUGAUGGCGCAGUAGAGAUUGCUGAUCGAUACGGUUUACAACAAUCGGCAUACCCUGGGCGCAUGGAUUAAGAGGUCAUUUCCCUAAAAAGUUUGUUGUGUGUGGCUGAGAUUUCGGGAAAAAAGUCAAAUUGAAAGAUUGUUUCAUUCGGAGUCAGGGUGUUUUGCAUUGCAUGGAAACAUAACAGAUCAGAUCCCAAAAAAGCCGGCAAGGCAGGGCAGAGCAUCAUUUAGACUAGAACCAAUAUCGUUUUUUUUUUCUCUUGCAUCUAUCCGACCGCAUCGGAUAGGCGGAGGGUAUCGGGUGGUGGAGUACCUUGUG